AUACAUGUUUCCUAGACUUGGAAAAGACAGGAGGAUGAUUAGAAUUAUAAUUGAAAACAGGUUCACUUUCUGGUCUCCUCCAUGCAGAUUUCAUGCUACAAUAUGCUUCUUGUAUCACUUAAAACCACUUCAGAUGGAUUUCAAACUCAUUUCUAACAUCAGAUCAGCUCUUUGCUUGUUCUUUUGAGAUGCAGUCCAGGUUCAUUUCAUUUUCUUUACCAUUGAACUGUGGCUCUGCCAAACUGAUGGACCCUUUGAAGACAACUGAAAAAUGUGAAAAUGCAAGGAGGACAUUUUAGAGUUAAUGCCAACUCUACACGUAUAUGUAGAAAUAGCUUUGCAAUGUUUCCCUUGAAUUUCCUUAGAUUGGAUCCCAUGUGAUUUAUUCAUUGGGAGAAGAAUCAAUAAUCUGAAGACUGAUGAAGUUACCUUAAAAAUCAAUUUUGUGUGGAAAAACAAUUGCUAUUUCUAUGUGUUUUUUUGUUUGCCCCAUGACAACCUAUAAGGAUAUGUGUAUUCUGACUUCAAAACAUAACUUCCAACCCCCAAGGACUUUCACAUCUUCUCUAUGGAUUUGCUUUAUUCCCUUGCAUUCUCCAGUAUCAACAUAAAUGUGUUUUUCUUUGAUGGUUUAAGCUUUUUAUUUAACCAGUCACAAACAUUCCCUUGACAAUCACAUGGGGUAUGUGGGACAAUGAUGCUUUAUACAUAAAGAAUAAGGUGUGAUUGAAGAUUUGUGUGGGAAGUGAAAAAAACAAGCUUGCAAGUAUUUAUAAAUAACUAUAAAUGGAAAAUUGCCUUUUCAUCUGCUGCACUUCUGAACACACUUGAACUGCAGGGAGGUUAAACAGGUAGAAUCAUUUACCCACACACUGGAAAGUAAAGUAUAAUUUGGUCGAUUGUAAUUCUUAGAUUUAGAAGACAUUUGCUGUGGAAUAUUUAUCAAUAUAAGAACUCAAGCAUCCCCCUAAACUUUGUUCCAUCCUUAAUGAGAUUAAGGGAGGUACUUCAAGAUGGUAUCAAGCAAAAGACUUUGGAUUGUCCUGGCUCUGCCAAUGGCAGUUCUUCUGGAGUUUUUUGGACAACACGUUGCCACCAUGACACAGAUUGCUUUGCCAGAUGAAGGCAGUUCAGUUCUUCAUGAACGUGUCAAGCGAGGGUGGGUCUGGAACCAGUUUUUUGUGGUUGAAGAAUAUACUGGAACGGAACCACUGUAUGUUGGAAAGAUUCACUCAGACUCUGAUGAAGGAGAUGGCUCCAUCAAAUAUACAAUCUCAGGAGAGGGUGCUGGGACAAUCUUCAUUAUCGAUGAGAUUACAGGGGAUAUUCAUGCAACUGAACGUCUUGACCGAGAAGAGAAGACCUUUUAUACUCUGCGAGCUCAAGCCAGAGAUCGCCUCACAGACCAGCCUCUUGAACCCGAGUCUGAAUUUGUUGUCAAGGUUCAGGAUAUUAAUGACAGUGAGCCAAAAUUUCUAGAAGGGCCAUACAUUGGGAGUGUUCCUGAGUUAUCACCUAUAGGGACAUCUGUGAUGAAGGUCACUGCUUCAGAUGCAGAUGAUCCAACAUAUGGCAGCAGUGCACGUGUUGUAUACAGUGUGCUGGACGGCGAGAAGUUCUUCACUGUGGACAGCAAGACAGGUGUUAUUCGCACAGCAGUAGCAGAUCUGGACCGUGAGACACAAGAUCGAUAUGAACUUGUCAUCAAAGCAACAGACAUGGCAGGACAGAUGGGGGGAUUGUCUGGAUCUACCACUGUUACGAUAGUCAUUACAGAUGUGAAUGAUAACCCACCAAGAUUCCCACAAAAAAUGUACCAGUUCUCUGUAUCGGAGGCAGCACCUGUUGGGACACCAGUUGGCAGAGUAAUGGCAGAAGAUGCUGAUAUGGGAGAGAAUACAGAUAUGAGCUACCUGAUUAAAGAUGAAGAAGGAGCUGAACUGUUCAGAGUUACAACAGAUGGGGAUACUCAAGAGGCCAUCAUCACUGUGAAGAAGCAAUUGGAUUUUGAAAAUAAGCGGACCCACAAUGUGGUGGUUGAAGCUGUGAACAAGCAUGUGGAUCCCCGCUUUGUUGACCUUGGAUCAUUCCGUGACCAGACUAUUGUGCGGGUCAGUGUCAUUGAUGCAGAUGAGCCACCAUUAUUUCGUCCAUCUUCUUCUAUUAUGGAGGUCCAAGAAGAUGCACGUGUUGGCGCCCUGGUGGGAGUGGUUAGUGCUCUGGAUCCUGACCUGGAGAAUGCUGCAGUCAGGUACUCCAUUGAUCGAAGCACUGAUGUAGAACGGAUAUUCAAUAUCGACUCCAUCACGGGUGCUAUCACCUUAGGAAAGAUCUUGGAUCGAGAGACAGCAGGGUGGCACAACAUCACUGUCUUGGCUGUGGAAGCAGACAAUCCAUCACAAGCGUCAAGAAGUUUUGUCAGUAUUCGAAUUCUGGAUGUGAAUGAUAACCCACCAGAGCUGGCUACACCUAAUGAAGCAUCCAUUUGUGAGGAUGCUAAACCCGGACAGUUAAUUCACACAAUAAGUGUGGUGGACAGGGAUGAACCACAGACUGGACAUCACUUCUACUUCACUAUCGCUCCUGAGGCUGCUAACAACCGCCACUUCACUCUCUGGGAUGUCAAGGAUAACACUGCUGGUAUUCGAACCCAACGAACAGGGUUUAAUCGCCAUGAACAGAAUGUUUACUUGCUUCCUAUCCUGGUGGUAGACAGUGGGCCUCCAGCACUCAGCAGCACUGGCACAUUGACCAUACGUGUGUGUGGCUGUGACACCGAGGGCACCAUCCAGUCUUGCAAUGCUACUGCCUAUGUGAUGUCUGCAGCACUGAGCCCAGGGGCACUCAUCGCAUUGCUAGUCUGCAUGCUCAUCCUCAUUGUUCUUGUUCUGCUGAUUUUAACUUUGAAGCGCCACCGGAAGGGUCAUUUAAUAUCUGAGGAUGACGAAGACAUGCGAGACAAUGUGAUCAAAUAUAAUGAUGAAGGUGGUGGUGAGCAGGACACACAGGCUUAUGACAUGACAGCCUUGAGGACCCUUUAUGACUUUCCAGAGGUUAAGUCUAGUGACUCCGGACCCGACCUGCGUUCGUUGCCUCACUGGAUUCAGAACUCGAGCAAUGCUGAUUCAGAGGGCUCGUCGGCCACAGACUUCUCUGUCUUCCGAGGAUACAUCUGCAAAAAGGUUCAACAGGCGGACGCUGAUCUGUCUGUACCCCCCUAUGAUUCUUUUCAAACAUACGCUUUUGAGGGCUCUGGUUCUCCUGCCCUGUCACUUAGUUCUAUUCAUACAUUAUCUACCACCUCAGAGCAGGACUUUUCAUGCCUCAGUGAAUGGGGUCCACGCUUCCGGCAGCUGGCUGGACUCUAUGCAGCAGGACAUCCUGAGGAAGAGGGUUCCUAGCACCGUGUUUUGAAAUACAUUACUAAAAAGGAACUUACAAAUUAAUGAAAAUGUGCCACUUUCUGAUCAGUAUAACCCAAGCUUGUCCUGGGAGAUUUUUUUAACUUUUUAAUUUCUAGAACAUAUUUAAUAAAUAAUCAUUUUCAGUGAAAACAGCAAAUUGCUGUGAUUAUAAAUCAUUAAACUAUCAUUGUGAAGGGUAUACAGCAUAGAAAACACCAGUGAUGGCAAUAGACGUGUAAAAAAGAUCAUAUCAUGGAAAGCAAAGGAAAUACCACAAAUGCUGCACUGGACAAAUGCUAAUUUUUUUGUAUGCCAAGAAAUUUGUAAGUUUGAUAAAAAGACAUUGUUAUCAAUUUUUACUGUAUGAGCAUGCUCUCUUGGGAAAUGACAAAACAAAGCGAAAAUGUGCAAACCAGAAAAAAACUGCCCCACGUCCAUGAUCAAUUUUUAUUCUUUGUAUUGUUAUUUUUUGUUGCUACUGUAAAUGAGAAAAAGUAGCCAAUUCUGGGUCAUGACCCAUCAACCGAUCACAUACUAUUCAAGUGGAGUACAAGAAGGAACAGCAGGAGCAAUGUGGUCAUUAUUUAUCUUUUGGGUGAUGGCUGUUAGAAAAGUUCAGCACUUGGAAUACUGAGCAAGACCUACAUCAGCAAUGAAUAAAUCUAUAUUUUUAAUCAGAAAGUUGUUUUUUUUUUGCCAUAGGUCAUGACCCCUAAGAAAUUGAUUUUUUUAGAAGAGUUCUGUCAAAAAGAAGGUAUGAUGACACACUUAAAACUGACACUAAAAAUAAAUAAAGUGGGUGUUUUGGGCAAAUUGUCAAUACUUUAUUUUCCUGUUAUAUUCUAACAUCAGAAAAUAUUUUUUGAUAGCAAUCACACCUUGUUUUGCUCAAUUAAAAGAACAUAUCAGUUAAUAUUUCAGUUAAAAGAACAUAUGUUUAUCUAGAAGCAAUAACCAGCUGAUUUUGUGAACACAGAAAUACCUAGAGUGAGUUGGGAUAAAUGUAUUUGUUUAAUUCAAUUCUUAUUUAUUUCUUCAUUUAAACUUUCAAAUGUGUGUUUUCAAUGUGUCUGUCAAAUUCCCUUGAUAUGAAAUAGCAUAUUUUGUUAUCAACAUAUUUAUUUAUUUAUUUAUUGGUUUGUUUAAUUUAUUUUGGUAGAGCCAAAUAGCUUUCUGAAUAACUGUAAAUCCUGGAGGUGGUAAGAUCUAUGUUAUAAUUUAUUUGAUGAAGUAUUUGAAA